CAGCUCGAUCUGAGCUAGCCUUCACGCCCGAGCACCAUCACACUGACAGAGCUGUUGAAAGCCUAGUUUGUCCUUCAAACUUCACGUUGUUUUAGUUCAGUUAUAAGCCAAUUGCAAGCUAUCGUCCUCACGAUGUCUGCUCCGAAGAAGGGAGACUUGUCUUCAAGCGAAAAGGAAUUGUUUGAGGUUAUUUCUGCAGGAAAUGUACAGGAAGCUUCAAGGCUGCUCGGCUGUAAGGAUGUUCGGGUUAACUGUCUGGAUGAGUAUGGGAUGACACCGCUCAUGCAUGCUGCUUAUAAAGGAAAAGCAGACAUGUGCAAACUGCUGCUGCAGCACGGAGCCGACGUGAACUGCAAUGAGCACGAGCACGGGUACACGGCGCUUAUGUUUGCUGGCCUGUCAGGUAAGACUGAUAUCACGUGGAUGAUGCUGGACGCGGGGGCAGAAACAGACGUGGUCAACUCCGUCGGGAGGACAGCAGCACAGAUGGCCGCCUUUGUUGGACAGCACGACUGUGUCACUGUGAUCAACAACUUCUUCUCCAGAGCCAGACUGGAUUACUACACCAGGCCUCAGGGUUUGGAGAAGGAGCCUAAACUGCCUCCUAAGCUGGCUGGACCACUGCACAAAGUUAUCAUGAGCACCAACCUGAACCCUGUCAAGAUGGUGAUGCUGGUGAAGGAGAACCCUCUGCUAGCAGAGCCAGAGGCUCUGGAUAAAUGCCGCCGGGUGAUGGAGCUCAUCUGUGAGAAGUGCAUCAAGCAGCAGGACAUGAACGAGGUGUUAGCCAUGAAGAUGCAUUACAUCAGCUGUGUGCUGGGAAAGUGUGCCUCUUUUCUCAAAGACCGGGAAGACAAGCUAGACGGCCUCAUUAAGAGUUUGCUGAAGGGCCGAGACAACGACGGCUUCCCUGUGUACCAAGAGAAGUUUAUCAGAGAGUGCAUCCGCAAGUUUCCUUACUGUGACGCCACUCUGCUGCAGCAGCUGGUGAGAAGUAUCGCUCCUGUGGAGAUUGGUAAUGACCCCACAGCUCUGUCGGUGCUGACUCAGGCCAUCACAGGUCAGGUCGGCUUCAUGGACGCAGAGUUUUGUACGACCUGUGGCGAGAAGGGAGCCGAGAAGAGAUGCUCCAUCUGCAAAAUGGUGAUCUACUGUGGCCAAGCGUGCCAAAAGAUGCACUGGUUCACCCACAAGAAAGUCUGCAAGAUGCUGCAGGAGCAGAGAGAGAAACAGGAGGCUGAGACAGCCAAACUGAGGAUGCAGCAGAGCAAAGAGGAGAGUGAAGCGGUACAGGGGGUUCAGGAGGUCUCAGACUCCAUGGUGGAACUCUCAGUGGCGUCCAACAACGACGUCGCUCCCUCAGACCCUGCAGCAGAAACCCUGAACCAAACUCCCAUCACAGCUGCUGAAAACUGAGGACCAUCAGAACGGCCUCCUCCUAAAAAAACAUCCACAGACCACAUACGGAGAGACAAACUGGCAGUGAGAGUGAAAGCCAGAGAAGGACUGGUCCAGCAGGAAACAGAAACCGCUAUUUAUUGCUGACCUGAGACUGUCACACAGGCAGGGAGACACUAACAGUUUGUGCCACAGUCAUCAUGUUUUUCAUUUUUAUAUGUUUAAUUUUCAGACGUCGUGGUAUGUGAAUGUAAAAAUAGGCUGAUAUGUUUGUGGUAGAGGUCACUGGGAGGAAUUGUGGGUAAUAUUUGAAGAGCUAAUGAUGGGACAAUUCUGCCUUAAGAAACCGUAGCGAACCUGUGCAGGAGGGACGUGACUGUAGCCAAUCAGAAGUGUCAUUUGUUUAAGGGUGUUUGUUUUGUAGAGAGGGGACAGCUUGGCUGCACAAUAUUGACCAAAAAUGUAUAUUUUUAAAUAUAAAGAACAUAUACUGAAUUUAUAUUUGGUGUAUAGUGAAAGAUGUUUAAGCUCAGGACUCUUCAAACUUUAAAGAAAUCAUUUGUGAGUAAAUCGUUGUCGUACUCAGCACAAGAGCAGUGUUUCAGCAUCAAAGAUGGCUCCUUGUUUUGAGGAAUAGCUGUGAAUGGUUUUAGUUUUAUUUGUGUGCAGCCUCCAUGGACAGAAAUUCAAUUCAAAUGAGGCGUUUUUGUCUUGAUCUGUGACGAUUUACAACAUUUUAACAACCUGAGCUUCAACACGUCGAAUAAAGACCAAACUCAUUCAACUGCA